GAAUGCCAACAUUAUUAUAUACAUUAAAUAAAAAACUACUGUUAUACCUGUUUUCCUAGUAAUUGCGUUGAAUCUAUACGAUCCAUAAGCAGUUAUAUUCCCUCUCUGAAUUUUGAGUAAGCUCACUUUAGAUCUACAUAGGUGUGCGAUAUGUUCGGCGAUUCCGCUAUGCAUUUUUGCCGAAAUUCUGUUAGGUAAUACAAAUUUUGUAACCGGUAAAUAAAGUUUCUGUUUGCGCACUCUUAUAACGGUAGAUAGAUAGAUGAGAUGAUAGAUAGAUAGUUGUGUAUGGCACUACGACCGGUAGGUCUAUUGUGCCUCUAGCUCAUCACAAUACCUCGACCAGCCCCAGAGUGUCUAUAAAUUUCAUAAUAGACCCCGGGGACAGUGAGUGUAUGUGCUCCUCUCUUGGCCAGACGUGCCCUAUGCUCCUUACCUCCUGCGUGCAACGGCCUCACAUUCCAUAAGAAGAUGCAGGGGAGUCUCCUUGUCCGCAUCGCAAAAGAGACACAGGUCGCUGGACCAGACCUAGUUUAUACAGGUGCCCUCUGAGCCUACAGUGGCCAGUCAAAAAACCUGCAAUAAUUCUUAGUUUAUCCUUUGGGAGAUCCAUGAGCAGCCUGUAUCUUAUCUGAUUGUAGCCUCCUAACAUCACGGUAGCAAAAUAUUGGCUUGUGAAAUAUGCAACACCAGAAUUACUACAAAACUUCAUAGCUGAAUAACUGAACAAAUUAAAACGUUGCCAAGGUACCUAGAAUAGCGGUUACAAGAAGCGGUGAUAAUUUUUGGUAACCGGUUAUAAGCAGAAUAGAUGUGUAAAAAAUUAUAUUUUUUUGCAGGAGCAAUAUAAAAUGAUACGUUCCGAUAAUAGCAAACUGAAGAAACAGAAUACCGAAUUGUUGCGAGAGUUGGAUGUGAAGUGCGACCAAAUAAAAACCAUGGAAAAUGACGCUGCUUACUACGCUCAACAGUGUGAAAUUUUGCUGCAAACGAAUGCGCAUCUGGAUACAGAUCGUAAAACUUUGAUGGAUAAUGUAUCACAGUUACUAUCUCAGUAUCACGAGUUGCUUUCACAUUCUUUGGAGGAUAAACAGCAUUUUCGCGAAGAGGAGAAGAGUUACACAGAGCGCUUACACAACCUAAGUCGCCAGAAAGAGAAGUUGGAGGAGAAAAUUAUGGAACAUUAUAAGAAACCCGAAACUGUUAUACCAAAAAAGAAGCCUUUUGCGAGUAGCAUUGUGCGGCGCGUAAAGAAAGCGGGCUCAGAUUUCAUAAAUAAGAAUCGCCGUUCAUGGGUGGAUGAUUCACGUCUAACACAAUCGCAAUUUAUGAUUGGCUCUGAAUCUGGUGGCAACGACUCAGAUAAUAGCGCAGAGGAACCAAUGUCUAUUACAUCGGAUACACAUUUACUCCAACGAAAUAUGCCAAUGCGUCAAAGUUUGCAACGUGAGCUAAUGGAUAAUACACUUUCACGUGGCGGUGUGCGGAGUAGUUUGCAAGCACAAAAGCGUACGGAUUUGAAUAAUUCUCGUAGAAAUAGCGUGCACGGUCUUGAAGCGCCAGAUGUGACGGGUAGCAGCUUGACACUGGGUACAGCCGGUUCCCGACGCACAGUUUAUUUAAUUGAUGAAAACCAAAAAAUACCCGAAACAUCAAAUAGCAAUAGUAGUGAUGUAAGCAUAGGCGGACGACUGUCGACAUCGCAUUCACCCUUGAAUUCAAGCGCUUGCUCAUCAUCGACCACCUUAGGUGGAAGUGGCGCAUGCAUGGGCGCCGAUAUAGGAGUUGGUGUUGCUGAACCGCAGACACCUACAAAUGCGACACCAGUACCAACGAUAAACGAAAAUCCAACAACAUUCCUUAUGUAUAAUCGCAUUAAUACGACGAUUGGUAGUAGUGCUGGAACUGAGGGCAGCAUAGCCGACGGUACAUGUCGUGAGCCAACAUUAACGCCAAACAAUAAUUCUACACCAGUGUCUGCGGCGUCAGCAACAGCGCAGCAGGAUGAUAAAUUGCAGCGAAAACGCACAGAAGAUAAAAGUAAUAGUAUUUGGUAUGAAUAUGGAUGUGUUUAGACAAUAGCAAUUUAAUAAUAGUUAGCUGUAAAUGCAUGUAUGCUCAUAAGUUUUUUAUGAGUUAAGUGUAUCGGCGAUAUACUAAAUAGACUUAUGAUCUACAUAUCUUGUGCCUUCUGUUUCUUUUUGACUUUUUUGAAGCACAAAAGUUGCUUAAUGCAAUAACACCUACUGUCAUCGAAAUAUAUGCCCCAACUCGAAUAUUUAAUCAUUUAAAAUUGUUUAAAUGAAUUUGCACAUACUCCCCUAUUGUAAUUUUUUUUACGUCAUGAAAGCCUCAUUAAAUUUAAUAAUUAAUCAGUAUGAUUUUAAUAUAUAGCUUUACUAUUUUACUUAUUGUCCUGCCUUUUAAGCGAGAGUAUUAAAUUUUUGUAAAUGAUCGAAUUUUAUUUAAGUUUACAUUGAAUUUCAUAGGCACGGCACAUUUCACUCAUCUAAGCUGAGCUGAAUCUCUCCAAAUUAAAUUCAUUUGGGUAUUCUCAUUUCCCCAUUUGAUUCAUACCAUAUUCAAUGAAUUUAGAUGUUCGAAAUUGUCAUUAUAUCUACCCAAAUACGGCCCCGCAUAAAAUUGUUGGCACAGAGAAAUCUUCACAAUAUACAUAUGCAAAAUUGUUUGCUUUUAAAUUUUUAAGCGAAUUUUUUAUAAAAAUAGAGUUUAUACUACUACAACAAUAAGAUAAAUUUAUAAACUUUGUGAAUAACUCAGAAAAAUUCAAAAAAUUAGCAACU